GAACAUUCUUUCUCAAUCGUACCAACGUCGUUGAGUUUUGUCUAAUGAAUUACCCCUAAUUACAGGCACUCUCCGAACCUCCUACCAGACAGCCGGCCCCUUCAUAUUGUCGUUCGCCAUGUCACUGAGCGAUUACAGUGCCAAGGUUCCGCACCACUUCAAGACGAAUACCAACAAUGCUCCGAGUUCGGGAAGUGGCCAUGCUGGAAGCAACCAGACGACAGGCCAUGGAUCGCAGCCUACAGAGCAAGGCCAGGCAGCGAAGAAAGGCCCAUCCAAAGGAUUUGUCGACAUUGUUGAGUAUCACACCGCGGGACUGGGCGGUCGAGUGGUGAAUUUGUACCCGACUUCAAGGUUCAUACCACGCCAGAGUUUGAAGAAGAAGACAAACUACCAGGUUGAAGACCACGCUGUGAUCCUGCGCCGCACAUGGGUAGAGAGAAAUGGCGUCUCAAUCCCUGUAUCCUUUGAUUUGGAGAUUCACUCCGAGCCCCUUUGCGUCGCUUUCCGGAAGAUCGCCACACAAACUUACGAGAGCGCGGACCUCAAGGCAUUCCCCAUCAAGAUCAGCACCCCGUUCAUGGAGUUGUUCUUCUACCGGGAUGAGAUUCGGAACCUCUCUGAGGACAAGAACAUCGAUGAAGAUCUCCGGCGUGAUGCCAAGGCCCUCAGUCAAUUUGUACAUGACCCGGAAUCAGUCAUGGCCAGCAUCCUUCAAGACCAUGACCGAUAUUCGCCAAAGAAGCAGGUUGUUAACGACAUACUUUGGACAAUUUAUCGGCCAAACAGCCUGCUUGUCCUCAACCAGGGCUCGAUCCAGGAAUGCUGGAUUUGCCGCAAUAUAACCGAGAAAAUCACAAAGACAAAAUUGACCUUCUGGGAAAUUACCGGUCUACGAAUUGACUUUGAUGGCAGUUCUCCAGGUCUUACAAAGCAGCGGCUCUACCUUCCAUUGACUGGAAUGCACCCUGUGAAGAUCUCGGGACUAGCACUGGUGCCCGCUGAAAGCUAUCCACAGUGGGAAUCCCUCAAAAGCACAUUGCAAGCGAGGUCACAGAAACUUCAAAGGAUUUUGGGUUCUUCCUUUUCGUCUUUCGCGUGCCAGAGCUACAGUGGGGCUGCGUGGAAGGAGCGUCCAAACCGGUUCGUAGACAUGGAAGGGUGCAACCCUACAAUACAUGACAAACAGAUCGACGAGCGUGUCAUGGUGGACUUCAAGACCUAUGGAGAUGAGCAUUCACUGCCUACUCUGGAAAAGCUGGAACACAACAACGAGAAGCCCAACAAAGGAAGGGAUGCAAGACCUGCAGCGAGGAAUUGGAUGCCCGCCAAGAGGAAUCUGUCACCCAAAGCCAAACGGCGUGGCAACAAUAACAACUCUGGUUCGGAUUCAGACUCUGAUGCCGACAGAACGCUGAAAUAUUCCCGGCAUAUCAUGGCAUUGACGGGUUUGGGGACUUCGAAGCCACAAACGACCGAAACCACAGAGAGGGAAACAGACAUCGAGCCUGAUCUGGAGACGUUGGAAGGUAUUGCAGAAGCUGUUCGGAGAAUUCACCAUGUUCCAGAGGAUGAACUCAUGCUCACAUUCCCGGCUCUGGUUCCUGCAUUUGGUCUCAAAGGUAAAAAGUGGUGGUGGGUUCUCAGCGACCAAGUUCAAAAUGUGGUUUGGAAUAUGGCAGCGUUCGAAUCCCUUCAGCAAGACAAGAUGACGAAGAAGUUGGUGCAAGCAUUGGUCAAGGGACACAAAAGCAAUCCUCAAGUCAUUUUUGACGAUGUGAUCGCUGGAAAAGGCCAGGGGCUUGUCUUCCUUCUUCACGGAAAGCCCGGCCUGGGUAAAACUCUCACAGCUGAGAGUGUAGCAGACUACCUUGAGCGGCCUUUGUAUUCCAUUUCAGGGGGUGAAUUGGGGACCGAAGUCAGUGCUGUCGAGGAACAGCUCGAAAAGAUCUUCAAUUGGGCUAAGCGAUGGAAUGCUGUCACGCUUCUUGACGAAGCCGAUGUUCUCCUAUGCAAGAGAAGCUCCGCCGAAAUGGAUCGCAAUGCUAUCGUCGCCGUAUUUCUCAGGAUGCUUGAAUACUUCCAGGGAGUGCUAUUUCUCACGACCAACAGGAAGCAGGAUUUCGAUGAUGCGUUCAAGUCUCGCAUUCACGUCACUAUCUCAUAUCCCGAGCUGAGCCCGGAAGCAAAGAGCCGGAUCUGGCAGAGCUUGAUCAAUACAAACAAGUCUGUGGAGGUUGACGAGUCGUGGACGAAAGACAUAUACAAUGCGCUGGGCCAACUGAAUCUGAACGUGAAUGGAAGCCCUUCUUUUGUCAUGUCACUCGAGUCCCAACCGAGAUCCAAGUGCAUCACAAUCUACCAGUAUUGGAGUACUGACUAUCGAGAACACGCGAAACAGGGCCGUACAAUCAAGAACAUUCUGAGGACUGCGGUUGCCUAUGCGAACUCGGAGGGGAAGAAACUCGGGGCUCGACAUGUUUUGGCAAUUCUGCGGACAGAGCUGCGGAAUGGCUAUGAAGAUUCGAAAGACGAGGAAGACGAGCUGAGUGACGAGGUGAGUCCUGCGUUGAGAGAGUUACACACUAUUCUGGGAGUUUCUUUUUGAUUUGAUUGAACGAGGAUAAAGGCGGCUUGGUAUCUCUGGAGGGUACCGAAGUUACGGAUAUGAUAGCGAACUUGUUUGUG